AUGGGCCUCUUUCGAAAGAGGAAGGAGGCUGAACUGGCCGUCGGGCCUGAGCUCCUGGCUGUUCUGCCGCGCAACCCCAAGCCGUGGUACCUGACACCUCACUUGCUGAAACUCAACUUCGCGCUCCUGGUUCCACUGCUGUCGGCCUCGUCGGUGGGAUACGAUGGCUCCAUGAUGAACGGGCUCCAGACUCUCCCACAGUGGCGGAACUACUUUGACCAUCCAGAAGGGGCCAUGUUGGGCCUCCUGAACUCGAUCUACCCGACCGGCAAAGUGGUGGCACUGUUUGUCGCGUCCUACUUUCUCGACCGCUUUGGUCGGCGCUUUCCCAUCCUGGUGGCCCUGGUCACCUGCAUUUCCUUUGCCAUCCUGCAGGGCCUAUCGCACAGCCUGCACACCUUCAUCAUCGCCCGCUUCCUGCUGGGCUUCUUCACCAGCUUCAUGAGCCAGCCCAGCCCCAUCAUCAUCACCGAGCUGGCCUACCCAACACACCGCGGCAAGAUCACGGCCCUGUACAAUACUUUUUUUUAUUUUGGUGCCAUCUGCGCCGCUUGGAUCACAUACGGCACGUUCAAGUUGGAAUCAACGUGGAGCUGGCGGAUUCCAUCCCUGCUGCAGGGAGCGGUGCCGUGCCUUCAACUUGCGGGCUGGUAUUUCCUGCCCGAGUCUCCCAGGUGGCUCGUGGCCCGCGGUCGCAUCAGUGAGGCGCGCCAGGUACUGGCAGACUACCACGCCAACGGUGAUACGGACUCGCCGCUGGUGAGGUUCGAGCUGCGCGAAAUCGAGGAGGCAGUGACGCGGGAGGCGGACGUCAUGUCGUCGACGUCGUGGCUCGACCUGUUGCGGUCGCCGGCGAACCGCAAACGUACGCUGAUCGGAAUAACGGUGGGCUGGUUUUCGCAGUGGAACGGCGUGGGUGUGGUCAGCUACUAUCUGGUGCUGGUGCUCAACACGAUCGGCAUCACCGCGGUCAAGGACCAGACCCUGAUCAACGGGCUGCUGCAGAUCUUCAACUGGCUGGUGUCGACGUUCCUGGGGGCCAUGAUGGUCGACCGCCUAGGCCGCCGGCCGCUGUUCUUGGUCUCGACCGCCGGCAUGCUGGGCAGCUACAUAUGCUGGACGGGGCUGACGUCGUCAUUUGUCGCCCACCGCGGCCAGGCCACCGGUCGCGCCGUCGUCGGCUUCAUCUUCAUCUACUACCUCUUCUACGACAUCGCCUGGACGCCGUUGCUGCAGGCCUACCCGAUCGAGAUCUUCCCCUACACCCUCCGCGCCCGCGGCCUGGCCAUCACCUACAUUGCAUCCUUCACCGGCUUGAUCGUCGGCAACCAAGUCAACCCGAUCGCCAUGGCCGCCAUCAGCUGGAAGUAUUACAUUGUCUUCUGUUGUUUGUUGGCCGUCUUGUUCCUCAUCAUCUACUUUUACUUCCCAGAAACCAAGGGCCACACGCUCGAGGAGAUCCGCCAGAUCUUUGAGGGCGGACCCGAAGCUGACGCCGAGGUCGACGCCGAGGCCAAGGCAGCGCAGGACCGCGGUAGUCUCGACAUUGACGGCGAGAAGGAGACGGAGAAGGAGACGCCGUCGCGCCCAAACAAGAUGGUGAGCCAGGUCGAAGUGGCUUAG